AUGAAACGAUCACUACUGGAGGAGGUGGACGAUUUAAAUCAUCUUUGUGAUUCUAGAAUGAUGAUCAGGGAUUCCGAAUUAUCUCUAGUUGAUGUAAAAUUUUCACCAAACAAGAAGAAAAAGACUAAAGAUUCUGAUCAUGAAGAAACAUUUUCUCUUCCCGAUGAAAUGAUUGGAAUUAUAUUAUCAUUUCUUGAUUGGGAAGUAAUUAUGGAAAAUAUGAUUCGGGUUUCAAAACAAUUUUAUGAGGAGUCUUGCAGGACAACUCUUCAUGUUACCAUUGAGGAAAAUUGGCAAUAUAAAUUCCUUGAAUUUGGGACUAAACAAAAGCAGGAGGACAAUUUACACAAUGAUAUGGAAUAUAGUUUCGAAUCGUACAAAAAUCCAAGCAUGUACAAUUCUACUAAAAUUAAUAUUCAAUCAUUGGUAAUUACAAAACAAUCCACCAAAGAUUUCAAAUUACUUCCCUGGAUUAGAAAUGCAACAAUAUUUUCCAACAUGAAAAAACUUGUACUUUCUUCGUGUAAUUUGGAUAACUCAUUGUGUCAGUUGUUGUGUUAUAACAUUCCUUCUGAAAUUUCAUUGGUGGAACUGGAUCUGUCGAUUAAUUUAAUUAGUGAAGGUGCAAUGAAAUAUUUAUUCGAUUUUUUGAUAACAAAGGGUAUAUCAAUAGAAACACUCAAUCUCUCCCAAAACUUGAUAAGACAUUUUCAACCCAUUAAGAGAAAUGUAAUGUUCAAUUUGAAAUCUUUGGAUCUUAGUUAUAACAGAAUUGAUGACUGUAUAUUAGAUUUUGCCAAAUUUCAUCAGCUAGAGAAACUAAAACUUAAAAAUCAAGCUAUCUCUGGCGAAAGCUUGAUAAUGAUUCAAAAAAUCAAAACUCUUUCAUAUUUGAAUUUGGGUUGGGUUAAAUCAUUUUCAGAGGAAAUAUGCUCUCAAUACUUUCAAGGUGCAAUUCAUCCCAAUCUUCACACUCUGAAAAUAUCUUCAACUAUUGGAGACGAGGGAUGUUUGGAAAUUGCCAACUGUAAUCUUGCAAAUUUAACAAAUCUGAGCUUGGACAUGUCUGGAAUAUCUACUGUUGGAUGUUGCUAUAUUUCAAAUUCAAAAACCCUCACUAAAUUGGAACAUUUAAGUCUGUACGGUAAUAGUAUUUCAGAUGAGGGUCUCAUCUCCAUUCUCGAAAGUGUUAACCUGAGAAGUACUUUGAAAUUUCUAAAUCUUGGCUCCAAUAACGUGAGCGAACAGGGCAUUGAGUAUAUUCUGGAAAAUGGUAUCAACAAGAUUAUGGAGCUUAUACUGGUCAAUAGUUCGUGCUCUAGAAAAUCCAUUCAGAAAGUAAAGUCCAAGUUUAAGGAACAAAUCACUAUCUCAAAGAGCAGUGAACCUUCGUCAUCAGAAGAGGAAAAUGAUGAUGAAGAAGAAAGUGAAGAAGAGGAAAUUGAUGACAGCGAAGAUUUAGAGUGGUAA